AUGCUUUUCAGACUUAAUAAGUUAUUAUUACCUUGUUUGAUGAUUUCAAAGAAAGCCCAUCAAAGGCAAAGCUGCUUGACUUGCAUCUUCUUAAUAAUUCUCAUCGUCGUCUUGCACGAAUCAUCUGCGGUCAGUGCUAAUACGGAGCAAGUUAGGAGUAAUGAAGAAUUUAAAACGAACUCUGCUAUUUUAGAAGUUAGACAGCAAAACAGCGUUGAUGGCGCAGAUAAAGAAGUUGUGGCCCUUCUGCUGAAUGGACGUUACUUCAGUGGCCGGGGUGGUCGUGGUGGCAAUAUGCAAAAGCAAGCUGAUGGGCAGCUCAUUGAGUUACCAGGAAAUGAAAAUUGUGGCAACAGAGAUGAAGGUCUCAUCAAGCAACAUCAUUCAGCUGGUUGGAUUGCAGUCAUUCACCUGGAAUCACCAUCAUUACUCCCAUCAUCGUCGUCGUCGUCGUCGUCAUCUUCAAAUAAUAACACAGAAUGUUUCAGCUUCCUUGACAGAUUGAAGAACAUAAUGCUUCUCGGUGCAUCAGCUGUUAUCUUACUAUCUCUCAAUCCUAAAAUACUACAAGAGUUAGACGUAGCACAGAUUUUGAGCAGGCCAAUGGUCUUAGUUGAAGAUGCUGAUAAUAUAACUGUACUUUUGAAUGCACUGAGAAGCAAGUUGAGAUUGAGAAUGCGACUGUCGCAUGGUUCUAACACUUUAUACGAUAUGCAGACUUUCACAACGUGGUCAGUCUGUUGGCGGUCCAGGCCAGGUAGUGGUGUGGUCUGCAAAUCAGACAACAAGCUCAGCAAGGCCGAUCCAGGUCAGUUCUGGAGCUACUUCUACUGGUCGCUUGCGGUCGUCAUGCUGCUGCUGAUGCUGAAGACGAGCUACAGGAACGAUGCAGCAGCUACCACCACUACCACCAACACCGUGAUGACAAUGGGUGCUGAUGAUGAUAAUCAGAUGGUAAACACCAUAACCAAGAUGGCGUUGUCCUUACUAAAAACUAAGCGCUACAAAAAUCCAACAAAGUCGUCCUACCUCACCGGAAGUCAUUGCAACGAUCCAGUUAUUCGGUGUAGUAUUGGUAGUAGUGGCUGCAGUAGUAGCAGUAGUUGUAGAGGCUGCGGUUGUGGUGGUGGUGGUGUUGACAAUGGAGAAGAAUUUUGCGCCAUCUGUCUUGAUGUGUUUUAUCGUAGACAGCUGAUCAGGGUGCUACCAUGCAGUCACGAGUUCCACAGCAAGUGCGUCGACAGGUGGCUCCUUAUGCGACAAACAUGCCCUCUCUGCAAAAAUAACUUCAUUGAAUCUCAGCUGAAUGAAGGAACCAUCGAACGAAUCCUCUUUUCACGAUAUUCAUGAAAACGUCACGUGACCACAGCAACAACCACAUCACCGCCAACAACAUCAACACCAAACACAACAAAAUCAAUACCAAAAACAACAACAACAACAUCAACAACAUCAUUAUCAACAACAACGUCAACAACAACAUUAAUAACAAUAACAUCAACAACAACAUAUUCCAAACAACAACAGCACUAUCAACAGAUCACAACAAAAAUACGCGUCAACACUCCGAAAUCACAAUCCAUAAUUUUAUAAUAAUAACCAGUAGAUUAGUUGCCGACAUCAUUUUUCAUCAUGAUGAAAUAAAUGAUCUACUCACUUCUCACUCACCAACAUCAUUAUCGUUGUUAUUAUUACGAAAUGUUGUUUUAAUUGUUCUUCAGUGCUAAUUAUUUUUCUAAUUUAUUCACCAGUGGUUUUACCAGUAGGUAUAAUGGAAUUCUCGACAAAUUUGUUACUUUAGAGCUUUCAAUUAUAAUUAAUCAUUAAUUAAUUAUUAAUAAUAAUUAUUGUUCUUAGUAUUUGAUUGUAAAUAAAUGCUUCAACUUGUGA